UCGGGUGGGGUGUAGGAACUGGGGAGCGCCUUAGCCUGUUACUCCGAUGACCAGGAAUACUGCGAGGAUUGUUUACAUGAAAUGCUUUUCUAGCCGAAGUGCCAAAAUACGGGUACAAAAAAGCGACAAGAUGGCGGUUGGAGACGGAGUCGAACAACUUCUUAGCACCGCAGCUGCCCUAGGAACCACGACACUAGAUUUGAACAGAAAGAACCUGAUAGAAAUACCACCCAAAGUGCUGGAUCUACAACACCUAGAGUUUUUGUAUCUUGAAGGCAAUUAUCUUACAACACUUCCUGAGACGCUGUUCGAGCGUUUGCCAAAUUUGAAAUGGCUUGACCUGAGAAAUAAUCACAUCAACGAAGUACCGGAAAAUCUCGGGGCACACAGAUGUCUAAAGAACUUGUUACUUGAGGGAAAUAACAUUCGAACUUUACCAUUUGAAUUAGGUUUUAUCAAAAGUCUAAGUGGCCUGAACUUAGCGUCAAACCCACUAGAAAACCCACCUCCCCAAGUGGUUGAAAAGGGCACACAGGAGGUCCUUAGGUUUCUAAGGGAGCAAUUCUCAGAUAGAGAAAAGGCAUCUGGCCACUGUACCCAAGUCAAGUCCCUGUCAGCCUCAUCCAGCGACGAAGAUCUUAGUAACCCCAGAGAGUUUUCAAGUCAAGGCAAUAGCUCUCGACGUAAUAGCACAGGCUCGAUCCAAUCCCGACGCUAUAGCAAAACCCGCGAGUCACUCGAAGAUGACCCCGACUUGCGCCCCAUCCAAACCCCAGUCUCGUUCCACACCCCUCCACUGGUACGCCCGGACCAGGUCCGCAAGAAGUACGACCGGCAAAGAAGCCACGCCUAUUCGGCGGAGAGCAAGGACUCAGGGAGGAGGCACUCCUACGGGGAAAACGCAUCACACUCCUGGGAGAAAGCCAGCUCCACGGGAUCAGCGCCUUCCAAACGGACCCAACCUCGCCACAGGCAUACCAACCCCAAACUAGAAAAAGCAAAAUACGACAUCCACGACCCACCAAAGUUCCCGGAUUUCGAGGCGAAGAUCGCAGAGCAGCAACAAAUGGCGAUGGACGCGUCUUUGAACGAGAAGGAGAAUGGCAUCGUGCAGAAGCUGAAGGACAAGAAGGCCUUGGAUGACUGGCGGGAUAAAACCAAGCGGAUCAGACAGCGCAAGCAGCAUCUCGCAAGCUUCAAAGCGCCUGUACAACCAGACGUGAACGCACCCUACGGCACGGAGAAGAACAUGAAGGAGGAAAAGCCCAAUGCGAUGUACGUGGCAAAGCUCAAGGAACUGUUGGGCGAGAAGGACAAAGGUGCUGCUAGGAGAGCACUGCUAGAUCGCGAACUAGAAGAUCGCAUCCGAAUGCAUAUGGACAAAAUUCAGGAUCAUCGGCGUAAAACGUACGACAACAUUCAAGACGAGCUCGAGUCUGCGCGGAGAAACCUCGAAAUGGCACACAAAUACCAGCGUGAGCUAGACGAGAGAAAAGCCUUGGAGUACCGACUGCGUGCGUUUACUGGGGACGACAUAGCACUCGCCAAGGGGAACGUACAACAAAGAUUAUCCUCUAAAAAAUCUAAUAAAUAGAAUCAUUAUAUUGAAAUUCAGGAUUUUUAUUCACAUAAAACCUUUUGUUUCUCAGAAAUUACCUUUCAUCAAAAAUUGUACAUAAGUGUAAAAUAGGUUAUCUAUGAAAAUAAGAUGUCAUUUGCUUGAUACAAAUGGCUUUGAAAUAAAUUAUAAAGAAACUCCUUUUUGGUAAUAGCAGGGUGCAUGUCAAAAGGCUAGGGGUAGUAAUGCUUUUUCUUCAAAAUUAGCCUGCUAGCCGGCUCUCCGUAGUUACCACUUACACUACAAAUAUUAACCCAUUGACCCCUCAACCGGCCUGUACCGGCCUUGAGAAGAGACCCACAACCAAAAAUACAUAAAUGCAAAAUAAACACAACAAGACACAGGCAGCCCAAGCUCAUUAUAUGAAAUUUGACGGUCAAAAUUCAAAAUUGUCUAUUUAUGAAUAAAAAUGACUUGCAAUGA